AAAUUAUAUUUGGAAGGAUGUGGUUAUCAAAACCACAAAACAAGAUUUCCUUAGUUAAGAACAACUGGUAAGAAAAAAAAUUCAAUUCAGCCAAAAAGGACUUGUACGGUUACGAUAAUCAAUAUCGAAGAAGACUUUUAUUAAAUUCUAUCAAAAGUAAAAUGCCUUCACGCGGCUCGUAUCAACUUGCAAAUCAGGAAGAGCGUAAAAUAGCGCAAAGAGAUCAAUCUUUUAAAAAUUGUGUAGCUACGCUGUUUGUGUUUUUUAUUUUAUUCAUGGUCGUUCUUAUUGCAAAUUUAACAUGGAGAAAAUCUAACACUAAGGAUGAUGACAAAUAUGUAAUGGCAAGGCAAAAUGGCAAUGGACAAAAAGAAUUAGAAACUACAACUACAAUUACAAUCACAAUGGACAGAUCAGUCGAUAAUAUUACAGACAAAAAUAUACGUAAUAAUGAGCAGACAUCUCAUUACUUUGAUCGUUAUUUCGAAAACAAAACAACAACGCAAGAAUUUUUAGAAACAAAUACCUUAACAACUCUGUCAGAUUCUGUUAAUACUCUGAAUGAUGAUACAAAAUCAACAGAUUCACAAGAUCAAAUUAAUACAAUUGUUAACAAAGUACAGUCUACAGAACAACCAAACCGUUAUGACAAUAUUACUGGUGAAACCUUGUUUGAAUAUAAUGAAGUUACUGAAAACAAACAAAAUGAUAGUUCUACAAUGACUUCAAAAAUAAUGACAAAUGAUAAAACUGAAACUGAUAAUCAAAUAUCAACUUCUACUACUUUAACAGAGAAUGCAUUUUUUUCUAAUAAUUCCUCAUUUGAUCAAAUUAAUUCUACGAAUAAUACAAACGCUAUUACAGAAGAACCAAAUAAUAUAACAACCACAGUUUCAAUGCCCACUUUUUUCAAUCUAAAUGCAUCUGCACUUUCUACUGUAACAGAUAUUACUAAAAAUAAUGAUUCUUUUUUAACAAAUAAUAUUACUGAUCAACUUUUCACAACUACAACAGCUUAUAAAUCUACCGGAUUAACAACAAAAUUAACAGACUCUACACAAAUUACCUUUUCACAAAAGGAAAGUACUUCCACAGAGAAAACAGUAACAAUAGAAGAAUUUGUAACAAAAACAAAUGCACUUACGACAUCAAACAUAGAAUCAAACGUCAUUACAAAUAAUACUAUAUGUGAUUCAGGACAUUGUAAACAAAUAGCUGCUAGGAUAUUAUCCUAUAUGAAUCAUUCUGCUGAUCCAUGUGAGGAUUUUUAUGAAUAUGCUUGUGGUGGAAUGGUAGCAAAUCCACAAAUCAUAGAUUUAAGUUUGGCAGAUAAGGCAUAUCACAGAAUAGCUAAACAAAUGUUAAAGGAUGAUAAUGGAGAUGCAUCAUCUUUAUUUGCAAAAUACUACAAUAGCUGUAUACAAUAUGAAAAUAUAGAUAUAAAUGAAAGAAUAAUGAUAGCAAAUGAAGCAAUACAAAAAAUAGGAAAAUUUUAUUUGAGUAAUGAAAAUUUUGAAGAUCAUGAAAAUUUCACGAACUUGUAUGCUAAAUUAUUAAAAACAUACAGUCCUUUAUUAUUUGACGUGGCUCUGGAUCUUAAUGAAAACAACCCUGGCUAUUUUACUAUUAAAGUAGGACCUGUGCUUCAUAAAAAUCUAUUUGGUAAUAAGAACAUAGAUGAUUCUUGCUAUGCAAAAGAAACCGAGACACAAAAAGAAUUUGUUGAUCUUGAAAAUCUUUAUGAAAACUAUUUAACAUGCGAGCAAAAUAAUACAAGAUUUAUACAUUCUAUAAAGAAAGCUUUAAAGAUACUUGGAGUUUUUAAUGAUUCACAAAAUAUAGCUCAAGACGUGGAUACGACAGGAAUUUAUAUUGAUGACAUAGUAAAAGACUUCUCUUCUAUACUUCCACCUAAAAAUGAAAUUCGUAAAGCAUAUUUAAUGAAGAAUUAUACUGAAGUGUCAAUAGAUGAAUUAAAUAAUAAAACUACAUUUAUAAAUUGGUAUAAUCUAAUAUACUCAUUAACAUCUAAAAAAAUAAAUGAUACAAAAUUCCAAGUUUAUUUUUAUAAAGAAAUGAUACAAGGUUUACAAAAUUUAGAAAUCUUUUGGAAAAAACAACCUAAAGAAUUUCACAAUGCUGUUUUAGGUUUAUAUGCACACAAACUUUAUCAAGACUUAAUAAUAUCAAAACAUAAAGAUAUGGAACAACACUGUCUCAAAGUUAGUAUAAAUCUAUUAGAACCUGAAGCUUCUAAUUUAUAUAUGAUGUCACUAUCUGAUAAAGAGAAUAUAUUUAUGAAUCAUACGAUAAAAAUACUCUUCGAUGAACUUAAAAAAACUCUACAAUUUAAUAUACAAAAGAAAAGUUGGAUAAUGAAUGAACGUCAAGCAUUACUAUCAAAGUUAAAUGAUCUUAAGCUUUCUGUGCCAGAAGUUUCAUAUUUUGAAUAUGAAGAAAAAUAUAAGUUGAAUUUAUCUGACAAUUACUUGGAAAACUCUUUAAAUUUGAUGAGAAGAUAUAGAUCAUCAAUAUAUUCUGUAUCAUUGGAUCUAAACCUUGGUACACCAAAACAAAUUUGGACACACUAUGCUACACCUUUUCAAUCAGAAGGCAUUGCAAUUUAUAGUUUGAAUCUUAUUAUUAUACCUUUUGGUGCAAUAGAUUAUGGUGACAUGUUUAUGUCAAAUGACGAAAAUUCAUUUAAUUAUUUAACAUGGGCGACAAUUGGAAAUUUAAUAGCACGUCAGAUCUCUCAUCAUUUUGAUGCAAAUGGUAUGUACUAUUGGAAUCAAACUCGACAUACUAAUUAUCCUCUGUUAAACAAUUAUGAAAAAACAAUGUUUAAAGACUAUUUAACUUGUCACGAAGAUAAUUAUUCUGAAGGGAAAAAGAAUAUCACACUGCCACAUACUUCUCAGACAAUAUCUUAUAAGAUUUCAGAAUUGACAUUAAAUGAACGUCUAUCCGAAAUCAUGGGACUUAGAUUAACAUAUGAUACUUUUAACAGACUACAACCGUUUUCAUAUAGUUAUCUUCCAUGGCUAAAACCAAACAUAAAUCAAUCAUUCUACCUUAUUUAUGCUCAGAUGUAUUGUACGAAAUCGUUAUUGACGACAUCUUAUAUCUCUCUCCAUGAAAACGAAGAAUUACCUAGCCGUAUCCGUGUCUUCAUUUCUGCAUCUAACAAUAACUUACUAGGCAAAGCAUGGAAUUGUUCUGAAGGAUCACAAAUUGUCCCCAGUAGUACUUGUGAUAUUUUUCCAGAUCUCGUAUUAAAAGAUUUAGAUAUCUAUUCAAAAUAAUCGUAACACAAAGAAAACUUAGCCUUUAAAGUAUUCAUAAAAUAUGAAUAACAAUCUUUUGCAUUUAUUCUCAGGAACAAAAUUUGUUUUCAAAACAUUCAUUCAUACGCUCAUAACAGUUAAAACGUACGUGCACACAUCCAGUCCUAUUUUGCUAAGCUUACAAAUUCAUUCGUACGCUUCUGAACGACUAGAAAGUUGUAUAGUUUAAUAAAUUAACCGUUAAUUUGGUUAA